AUGGAAGAACAUAGUUCAUUGAACGGUAAUUUUAAAUAUGUCCGCAUGCACAGUGCGACAUCGAUCAAUGAAAUUCUCGAAGUUAAUGAUAUUCAACGUCUCGAUCAUCUUGCUCGUAUGUUUGCCAAAUACCAGAUGACAGGUAAACGAUAUGAAACAAAAGCUUGGCAUGCUUAUUUUCGACGUAUUGCUGCAAAUCCUAUUAUAUUCUAUCAGAAUAAUGCUGCUCUCUUCUACGAAGAUAAUCAAUAUGAGAGUGAAAAUUUUGAAGUAACCGAUCCGACUCUUAUUCAUGGUGAUUUGCAUAUCGGUCAAUUUCAUUACUAUCUCAAUGAUAUAAGUGGUGAACCUGUAUUCAGUGUACGACAACACAAAAAGAAAUUAGCUCCAUUUACAUGGGAUCUCAAACGUUUAGCUGCCAAUCUUGCACUUAUUGCUUAUUGUCAAUGUUUUAGUGAUAAUGAAAUAAGUGAAAUACUUGAAGUCUUUGCUCAACAGUAUAUCAGAAGUGUUUUAUUACCAUACAAAAACAUGUUAACACAGAAGAGCAGUCAUGAUAUAAAACAAUCUCAUCAUUUGAAACCACCUCCACUUCAAAAACAAUGUUCAAUCAUUGGAUCAUUGAAAGUUGAACAUAGGAUGCAUGAAAUCGAUUGGCAAUCGAUUGAUAGUGUUAAGAGUCUGAUGAUACUUGCCGAACAAUUGGCUAUCACUACAGCUCAUCUACAUUGUCAACCGCCAAUUACCGUAUGUUCGAUGCCAGAUGUGCCAAAUUUAAUGAUAGAAAAUAAUGCCGAUUGUUGUACUCGGGCAAUACAAACAUCACUCAAUUCUUACGUCAAGCAACGACAAUUGAUCGACGAAAUUCGUCUUUUUGCAAUAAUGUAUGCCGAAAUUGCUGAAAGGGAUUUUCAAAUUUUCUUCAAAAAUUUUCGUAAUGAAAGAAUAUUCAAAGGUCCUGAUACUCUAAUGAAUACUCAAAUACAACAUCCAUUAGCGAAUGCUCGUCGAGUAGCUAUAUUAAUUAUAGGUGGUGGUAUUGGUGGUAUGGCAACAGCUCUUAGUUUUGCUCGAGCUGGAAUACGAGUAAGAUUAUUAGAGAAAAAUACGGAAUUAGGUGAAGUCGGUGCUGGUAUGCAGUUAGCACCGAAUUGUAGUCGUCUACUUGAUCGGCUUGGAAUCUUACAACAAGUGCAAGCUAACGCUGUUUUUCCGAAACAAAUUGUAUGGAUGGAUGCUCUAUCUGGUGAACGUCUUACUUGUAUUGAUUUGGGUAAAAAAUUUGUUAAAAAAUUUGGCUAUCCAUAUAUAGUUGUACAUCGAGCUGAUCUUUUUCAAGCUCUUCAUCAAGCAUGUUUGGAAAGUUCUAUGGUAACAAUGGAAACAAAUCGUACGGUAACGAGUGUCGAUGAACGACCAAAAUCGAUAAUGGUCGAAUGUGCAGAUGGAAUGCGUUACGAUUGUGAUAUGGUCGUUGCAGCUGAUGGUCUUUGGUCAUCUUUACGAAAAUUUGUUUGUGAUGAUGGACCACCAAUUAGUGUUGGAUAUGUUACGUAUCGAGGCACUGUUAAAAUCGAUCAAGUCUCAAAAGAAGCUGGUCUUGAAAAUGUUCAGUUUUGGAUUGGACCUAAUAUGCAUUUAGUACAAUAUCCAAUUCGACGAGGUGAACUAUUCAAUCAGGCAGCUGUAUUCAAAUCAAAGCGAUUGCCCGAUGAUACAGAUCGAUGGGGAACCAAAGAAGAACUCAAUGAGACAUUUAGUGUCGGAUGUGAACAUGUGAAGAAUACUCUUGAACUACUUCAGACCAACUUUCGAUGGCCAGUUUAUGAUCGAAAUCCAUUAUCAAAAUGGAGUCGUGGUCGAUUAGUAUUGUUGGGUGAUGCAGCUCAUCCGAUGUUACAAUAUGCUGCACAAGGUGCUGCGCAAGCAUUGGAAGAUGCUUGGGCACUUACUGCUGCCUACAAGAAACAUGGUCCAUCGAAGAUUGAUGCUAUAUUUCGUGAAUAUGAACAAGAAAGAAUACCUCGGUCAUCAAAAGUUGUGCAAUUUGCACGUGACAUUGGUACAUAUGCACAUCAAAACGGCAUGGAGAAGAUGGCACGUGAUGCAACACUGCGGUUAAUUAUAUUAUUAACAUCUCAAUUAUUAUAUGUUAAACGAAGGAAUUAUUAUGAAUAA